UUUCCUCACACCGUGCAGCAUCCCCUACAGGAGCGCUCCUUUAUUAGCUGCCCGCCUCUAUAUAAGCUUCGGUUGUGGGGGCGUUGAACCCAAUCCUGCCAAGAUAAAGAGCCUCGUAAGAGAAGAGACAGCGCCCAAAUGCCUUGCUGGUGCCUGCACGGGGCGGCUUUCCUGCCCUCUAUUCUAGUCAUCUGGUCCUCCGCUGGCUUUCUCUUCACCUAUAUCAUCUCGGUGCUGAUUGGUCACGUGCCGCCCUUUGUCCCCUAUAUAAGUGACACAGGUUCUUCACCUCCUGAAAGCGGUGUUUUUGGUUUUAUGAUCAGUGUGUCUGCCAUGUUGGGGGCAGCUACAAUGUUUACCAGAUAUAAGAUAUUAGAGAAGCAAAACCAUUCCAUUGAUUUUCUGCCUUGUUACUUCAAUAAGAUUUCAUUAGCCAUUGGAUGGUUUGGCUGCAUUGGCAUGGGCAUUGUUGCUACUUUUCAGGAAAUGGCUGUCCCUGCUGUGCAUGAUGCUGGAGCACUUAUAACAUUCAUCUGUGGUGUGCUGUAUAUUUUAUUACAGUCAUUUAUCUCCUACAAGUCCUGCCCUACUUGGAACUCAAGAUUCACAUGUCAUAUAAGAAUGGCCAUUUCUGUGAUAGCAUUUAUUGCUGUGGUACCCAUGAGUGUUUUUUCUGUGUUAGGUGGAAGAAAACGGCUUGAUUGGAAACCAAGUGAUGAGGGAUAUCCCUAUCACCUAACAAGUGCUAUCUGUGAAUGGACAGUGGCAUUUGGAUUUAAUAUGUAUUUCCUUACAUUCAUCAGAGAUUUUCAGGGUGUAAGUAUACACAUUUCAACAGAAAUACAUGAAGACUUUUGA